AUGAUCUUACGCCUUCACAACAAAUCAGGUUUGGAUGGUCUUUCAGAAUUAAGGGCAGAAUCUUAAUGUUUAAGGGUAUCAGAAGACAGUGUCCAGAGGUCCAACAUUUUUGAAACAAUGACCAUUUUCUUCAUGGUUUCAGCCAACCCACAGUGGAGGAGCUACAAGUACAACUCCAUCUCCUCAGACAAACAGCAUCGGAAUACAGUGGUACCUCGGGUUACAUAAGCUUCAGGUUACAUACGCUUCAGGUUACAGACUCCGCUAACCAAGAAAUAGUACCUCGGGUUAAGAACUUUGCUUCAGGAUGAGAACAGAAAUUGUGCUCUGGCGGUGCGGCGACACCAGGAGGCCCCAUUAGCUAAAGUGGUGCUUCAGGUUAAGAACAGUUUCAGGUUAAGAACAGACCUCCAGAAUGAAUUAAGUACUUAACCCGAGGUACCACUGUAUUCCUUUUGGUAGAUUUAUAAAUCUCUUCAUAGGUUUCUUCAUCCAUUUCUAUUGUUGUCACAGUCUCCUCAACAUCACCCAAAAUCUUAUUUAAGUGCUGGUAACAAGCAAAUAAUCUGCCUCGAAGUUUUCGGUCAUUUCUCAUUUUUACAUCAAUUCGUUCAUCAAGACUAAGCUUGAUGAGAUCCAAGGGCUCUUCUACAGUAUUUGUGGUUUGUUGCUGCUCCACCUCGUCCGCCAUUUUUUCAAAGCCCCUCCAAUGCUCUUUUGGAGGUGAGGCCAGAAUUCUGUGGUUCUAGGCUGAGUGUUGGAAGUGAGAGGGAGGGAGGAGAGAUUUUGGCGACACCCCAGAGGGCCCGCUGUGUCUUCCCAGUUAGCCUUGAAAAGGCCCUGUCUCAUCUCCCCCUUGUGAGCGUGGCAAGAAUAGGAGGAACAGGUGGCCGCCCACCAUUGAGCUAAAGCUGUUGAGCAGAUUGAUUUAUUGCUCAGAUAAGCCUGACGUCCGGCACGCUUCCAACCGCGCAGCUCUUCCUGGCCAGGCCUCUGCAUUCCAAAGUCCACAUUCCGAUUCUCUGAGCAAAGCAGAGAUCUGCAGCGGCAAGAGAAAGACUGCAAAAAACUCCAGAGCAUUCUUCAGUGUGCUUAAAUAAAGUCCACUCAGGAUCUUAGCAGCUAAAAGCAGUUUUAUUUACAGCAGACUAUCCAUUAUCUAUCACAGCGAACAGCAUCGUGAAAACACGUCCUCUCUCCUCAAAAGCGAAAGUAGAGAGAACAAAGGCUUGAGGCUCUCGGAAAUGACGCAGAAGUUCCCCCCUCCCAACAGUAGGCAGGGCGUACACUCUGAGCUGUUUAACCCUGUAAGCUCAGGUUCUCCUCACAAAAGCCCCCUCCCACUGCUGUUGCUUGGCCCCUGCCCUCCCCCAGUGGCCCCCCUCCAUGCCCCACAGAUGAAGUCAGGCCCAAGGAAGGAAGUUUGCAUUGGCAGCUUUUGCCGAGUUUUCAAGAGCAGUGUGCAUAGAGCAGGCACAUUUUCAGGCAGGUGGGCGACAGCUUAAGAGGGAUGUGCUUAUCACUGCACCUUCACACCCGUCUCUCUCUCUCUUUUUUUUUAAUGAUAUUUAUUCCAAAUUUAAAGUUACAAAAAAGAAAAAGAAAAACCAUACAAAAUACAAAAAAGACUUUAACCAUAACAAAGCGAAAAAUAAAAAGAUAAAAGUGAACAAUAAAAUAGAAUAAAAAAGACGACUUAACAAAAAAUAUAAAAAUGCAUUAAGUUAAAAUAAAACAAAAACAGAUUAAACCUUUACAUAGCCUUUUCCCUUUACUUAUUUCCAUGACCUCCUCUCACCUCCCAAUUUUGUAUUCUAGUUCAGAUCGUAUUUCCAGCAAAUCCUUCUAACCUUAUUUUCAUUUACGUAUUUUAAAAUUAAAAUAAUGUAAUUAAACCUCCUCUGUUUCAUCAAUUUCAUCAACUCAUUUUUGCUUAAUCCUUUAUAUCAUAUCUACCAAAACGACCUAAUUUUCUUUUUCCAACCUCUUUCUAACAGUCUUUUAUAUUGCAGUAUUUUUGAAGGUAUAUUUUGAAUUUUUUCCAAUCUUCUUCCAUCGACCCUUCUCCCUGGUCUCGAAUUCUGCCGGUCAUCUCAGCCAGUUCCAUGUAGUCCAUCACUUUCAUCUGCCAUUCUUCUCGGGUGGGCAAUUCUUGUGUCUUCCAGUACUUCCCGAUGAGUAUUCUUGCUGCUGUUGUAGCAUACAUAAAAAAAGUUCUAUCCUCCCUUCGCACCAAUUGGCCGACCAUGCCCAGAAGAAAGGCCUCUGGUUUCUUCAGAAAGGUAUAUUUAAAUACCUUUUUCAAUUCAUUAUAUAUCAUUUCCCAGAAAGCCUUAAUCCUUGGGCAUGUCCACCAAAGGUGAAAAAAUGUGCCCUCAGUCUCUUUACAUUUCCAACAUUUACUAUCUGGCAAAUGAUAGAUUUUUGCUAGCUUGACUGGGGUUAAGUACCACCUGUAAAUCAUUUUCAUUAUAUUUUCUCUUAAGGCAUUACAAGCCGUAAAUUUCAUACCUGUGGUCCAUAACUGUUCCCAGUCAGCAAACAUAAUGUUAUGUCCAAAGUCUUGUGCCCAUUUAAUCAUAACAGAUUUAACCGUUUCAUCCUGUGUAUUCCAUUUCAACAGCAAGUUAUACAUUCUUGAUAAAUUCUUAGUUUUAGGAUCUAACAAUUCUGUUUCCAAUUUUGAUUUUUCCUCCUGGAAGCCAAUCUUCUUAUCUAAAUUAUAAGCCUCCCUUAUUUGAUAAUAAUGAAGCCAGUCUCGAACUUUAGUUUUUAAUUUGUCAAAGCUCUGCAGCUUUAAUCUAUCUCCAUCUUGUUCUAAAAUUUCACAAUAUUUUGGCCAAUUUGUCUCCAUAUUGAUUUUCAGAGCCUUAGCCUCCAUUGGUGACAGCCACCUUGGUGUUUUACUUUCUAACAAAUCCUUAUAUCUCACCCAGACAUUAAACAAUGCUUUCCUGACAAUAUGGUUCUUAAAGGCCUUAUGUGCUUUAACCUUGUCAUACCAUAAAUAUGCAUGCCAUCCAAAGACAUUGUUAAAACCUUCUAAAUCCAAAAUGUCCGUGUUUUCAAGAAGCAGCCAAUCUUUCAGCCAGCAAAAUGCGGCUGAUUCAUAAUAAAGUUUAAGAUCUGGCAGGGCAAAUCCACCUCUUUCUUUAGCAUCAGUUAAAAUCUUAAAUUUUAUUCUGGGCUUCUUGCCCUGCCAGACAAAUCUCGAAAUAUCUCUCUGCCAUUUCUUGAAACAGUCCAUCUUGUCCAAAAUCUGCAAUGUUUGAAACAAAAACAACAUCCUAGGCAAUACAUUCAUCUUUAUCACAGCAAUUCGGCCCAACAAUGAUAACUUCAAUUUUGACCAUAUUUCCAAAUCCUUUUUCACUUCCAUCCAGCAUUUUUCAUAAUUAUCUUUAAAUAAAUUCACAUUUUUAGCAGUCAUAUGAACCCCUAGAUAUUUCACUUUCUUAACCAAUAUUAAUCCUGUCUCCUUCUGAAACCUCUCUUUCUCAAUCUCUGUAAGAUUUUUCUCUAACACCUUGGUUUUCACCUUAUUCAACUUAAAUCCAGCUACUUGACCAAAUUCUUGAAUUAAUUGCAAUACUCUUUUGGUACUGGAUUCUGGCUCCUGUAAUGUCAAAACCAAAUCAUCAGCAAAAGCUUUCAAUUUAUACUGUUUAGCUCCGAGUUGUAUACCUUUAACCAAUUGGUCUUUCCUGAUCAUGUUAAGCAAAACCUCCAGGACCGAUAUAAAAGCAAUGGGGAGAUUGGGCAACCCUGUCUUGUUCCUUUCUCAAUCUUAAACUCUUCUGUAACCACGUUGUUUACAAUCAACUUAGGUUUUUGUUCUGAGUAAAUUGCACCUAUACCGUUUUCAAAACCUUGGCCUACCCCCAUUCCCUGUAAAUUUUUCUUCAUAAAACUCCAAGAAAUAUUAUCAAAGGCUUUCUCCGCAUCCACAAAUAUUAAAACUGCUUUAGUGUUAAUAUUAACUUGUAAUUUUUCUAAAAUGUUAAUUAUAUUCCUCGUAUUAUCUGACAAAUGCCUCCCGGGAGAAAGCCCGCUUGGUCCUUAUGAAUUUCUUCCACCAAUACCUUUUUAAUCUCUUAGCCAUAAUUUCCGCAAAAAAUUUGUAAUCCACAUUAAGUAGAGAUAUGGGACGGUAGUUCUUAAGCUGUGUCUUUUCCGCUUCUGUUUUCGGUAUAAGUGUAAUAUAAGCUUCUUUCCACGAUUUGGGUGCCUUCCCCCCCCCCCCCCCCAAUAUUUCAUUGCAAACUUCUUUCAAAGGAUGUAUUAACCAUUCUUUCAAAGAUUUAUCGUACUUUGCAGUCAAACCAUCUGGCCCUGGAGAUUUGCCCAGUUUCAUAUCCUGAAUGGCUCCUUCCACCUCUUGGUCAGUUAUUAUACAGUUUAACUUUGAUUUACUCUCUUGAGAGAUUUUUUGUAAUCCAUUUGUUCUCAAAAACCGAUCAAUGUCUAUUUCUUUCUGUGUCUCCUGCGUGUAUAACUGUUUAAAGUACUUCUGAAAACACUUUCUAAUCUCCGCAGGGUUCUGUAUGCUCUUUCCCUCUACUACCAAGUUCGUAAUAGUAUUAAGUUUUUGUCAUUUCGUCAUUUGCCAUGCCAGCAGUUUCCCACACUUGUUCGCUGAUUCAAAUGUCUUUUGUCUCAUCUGUUUAAUCUUCCAUUCUAUUUCCUGAUUUGUCAAUUUCAUAUAUUGUACUUGAUAUAGCUUUAUCUCUUUUAAGAUCUCCUGUGAGUUCGGUUUCAUCCUCAGUCUCUUUUCUCCAUCCUUUAUUUUCUCCAAGAUUUUUUCCCUUUUCUCAUUUUGAACUCUUUUCCUAAUUGCAUUUUGUUGUAUCAGAAACCCUCUCAUAACUGCUUUACUUGCAUCCCAAAUCACUCUUUUUUCAGUCGUGGUAUUCAUGUUUAUCUCAAAAUAAUCUCUCAAGUUUUUCUGGGCCUUUUUAAUAAUUUCCUCGUUCCUAAACAGGGAGUCAUUCAUCCUCCAUCUGAAAGAUCCAAUUGGCGUUAAUGUCAUUUCCAUCUUCACUGGAUUAUGAUCAGAGCAAAUUUUAGGGCAAAUUACCGCUUUUUUUAUCUUCGGGCCAGUCCCCUAGUUAUCCAAAUUUGGUCUAUUCUUGUCCAUGUCAUUUUAGCUUCAGAGAAGAAGGUUCCUUCUCUUUCCAAGGGGUUCUUUGUUCUCCAAAUAUCUACAAGAUCCAUAUUGUCAGUCAUUUCAAAAAAUGUCUUUGGUAGUCUGCCAUCUUUUGUCACCGUUUGUCUUUGGGCUUUAUCCAUAUUCGUAGACACUACUCCAUUCAUAUCUCCCAUCAAGAUUAUGUUGUAAUCCAAAUAGUCCAGUAAAAUUUCAUGCAAUUUCUUAAAGAAUUCUGAUUUUCCCUCAUUUGGUGCAUAAAUGCCUAAUGUCAAAAACUUCUGACCAUGGAGUUGUAUUUCAAUUGCAAUAAAUCUUCCUUGGUCAUCUUUAAAUAAAAAUUUCGGUGACAGGCUUUCCUUUGCAUAAAGUACUACUCCUCUUUUUUUAACGUUGUCUGAUGAAAUAAAUUCUUCUCCCAAUCUUUUAUUGAUCAAAAUUUUCCGAUGUAGCCUUGUCACAUGCGUUUCUUGUAAACAAAUCAAGUCCAAAUGUUCUUUUUUAAUGUAUGAAAUACUCUCCCCCGUGUCCCCCGAGAGUUCAGUCCCUUAACAUUCCAGCUUAAUACUUGCAGUGUCAUAGUGUGCGUACUCUCCUUCUCCCCCAACAGCCCCCAAUAGUUUGUCUAUAUCUGUCGGUGGCGUUGGUUUUCCUUUUUUUUUGUAGACUCUUGUCCAGUACGGCAGGCUCUUUUCCAAGUCCUUUCUGUAGGUCUUCUUCGUAUGUGCUCAGAAACUUAUUUUUUUCCUCCACUGAUCUUAUUUUUAUCUUUCUUCCUUUAAAACUAAAAGAUAGGCCUUGAGGGAAUUCCCACCUGAAGAGGAUCUUACUUUUUCUCAAUAGGGCCACCAAGUCUCCAAAGUCUUGUCUUAAAUCCAAAAGAUGUUUCGGUAUAUCUUUGAAGAUUUCCACUUUUGAUUGCAGAAUUAUCAAGGGUUUCUGGUAAUGCAAACCCAAAAUUUUGUCCCUUUCUUCUUUAGAUCGGAGGGUAAUCAGGCAACCCCUUAUUUUAAUCUUUUUUCCUCCUUUUCCCAGUCUAAAGGCCCUCACGAUCUUAAAAUCUUCUUGUUUCAGUUCCGAUUUCCAAAAUUCUGCAAAUUCUUGUGUCAAAAAAUCUGUCAAGGUGCCCGUCUCCAGCUCAGGAAUAGCUCUAAUUCUUAAAUUCGUCUGUUUCUCUUUCAAUUCGAUCAUAGACAGCGUCAACUUGUGAUCUGCAAUUUCCUUCUGUAGGCCAGGGACCUUCUCAGUUUCCAGCUGCUCUACCUUAAAUUCCAUGGCAGCAGUUUUUUCCUGUGUCGAUUUCGAUUCCUGCAAUAAUUUCUGAAUAGAUUCUGUAUUGCUAUUCACCUUUUCCCCCAAGUUAUCUAAUGUUUCUGUGUUUAGAUCAAUUUUUUUAUUUGCAGUAUCAACUUUCUUAUUCGUUUCUUCAACCUUCUUAUUCGUCUCAUCGACCUUUGUACUAAGUUGUAAUAAAGUUUCAUUAAUCCUGGCCAAUGCAUUUGCUAAAACUUCUUCUGCCAUUCCACUGGACUUAGCUUGUGUUGCUGUCGUAGGCCCGUCUCUCUCAUCCUCCUACCCCUUGUUCUUUGGCUGAGCUGCUUGAGGCACCUUGGAUCAUGGUUUCCAUGUCAGCUGAGCCCUAUUUUCACCUGGGAAGGCCAAACAGAUUAAGCCCCAAUCCCUCCAGCUGGUGUUUAGAGAGGAACACAACAGAGUGGCUUUGAAGUGAAGGUUUGUUUAGGGAACAUCAGAAAGUAAGAAGAAGAUCGCUUGUCAGAUAUGGUUUAUUUAUCUUACAUAGCCUUUACCAGCCUGAUGCUCAUCUGCAAAGCAUAAGGCUGGCAAGGUCAGACCCUGUUCAUCCAUGCAGAUGGCCAGAUGAAGCUUAUGAAGGUAGGAAGAGCCAUUAGCUGGAUCAGGCCAAUGUGCUAUCUAGUCCUGUUCUCACAGUGGCUGACUAGAUGCUUGUGGGAAACCAGCAAGCAGGAUCCUUGCACAAGAGCAGAUCUCCCCUCCUGUGGUUUCCUGCAUCUGGUAUUCAGAAGCGUCGCUGCCUCUGACCAUGGAGGCAGAGCGCAGUAAUUGUGGCUCGUCUCCUCCUCCUCCAUGGAUUUGUCCAAAUCACUUCCAAAGCAAGCAUCUGCAAAGAUUUCAAGACCUCCAGUCUUCUGACUAGUGAACCUCAGUCUGUAGUGCAAAGUCCCCUUCAAAUAGCAGGCUAUGCACUUCAGAGCUUUCCAAUCCUGAACAGUAGGAUUGUUGGCAUGUCUGCUGUGCAGGUUAGUGCUUACAGCUAUGUCAGGUCUUGAACAUCUAGCAAUGAAAUUCAACUUGCCUAGAAUGCAUCUGUACAGUGUGGUGUCAGAAAAUGCUUCAGCAGUACUAUCUACCUGGUAACCUGUCACCAUCGGUGUGUCGGCUGGGUUUGCAUCAACCAAAUUCAGCCUGGUCAAUACAUCAGCAAUUUUCUGUGUCUGGUGUACCAGAAAAUUACCUGUUUGGUCCUUCUCCACCUGCAAAGAAACAGAGUUGGAUACCUCACCAAGAUCCUUCAUGUCAAAGUGCUCCUUCAGCUGAGCUAAGGUGCUUUCAUACAAAGCCUGAUUCUUAAUAAUAAUAAUAAUAAUAAUAAUAAUAAUAAAUUCUACUUAUAUCCCGCCCUCCCCAGGCGAAGCCGGGCUCAGGGCGGCUAACAACAAUAAAACAGUACAAAAGUACAGCACAAACAACACUCUAAAAUCAUUCAUUAUAAAAUUAAUUAAUUCAAGCCACUGGCAACCAUUGGGCCAGAGCUCCGCGAAAAUUGCCGAGGGAGGGAAUCAGGCUGUGCCCUGGCCAAAGGCCUGGUGGAACAGCUCUGUCUUGCAGGCCCUGCGGAAAGAUGUCAAGUCCCGCAGGGCCCUGGUCUCUUGUGACAGAGUGUUCCACCAGAUCGGAGCCACGGCUGAAAAAGCCCUGGCUCUAGUUGAGGCCAGCCUAACUUCUCUGUGGCCUGGGACCUUCAAGAUGUUUUUAUUUGAAGACCGUAAGUUUCUCUGUGGGGCAUACCAGGAGAGGCGGUCCCGUAGGUACGAGGGUCCUAGGCCGUAUAGGGCUUUAAAGGUUAAAACCAGCACCUUAAACCUGCUCCUGUACUCCACCGGGAGCCAGUGCAGCUGGUAUAGCACCGGGUGAAUGUGAUCUCGCAGCGAAGACCCCGUAAGGAGUCUCGCUGCAGCAUUCUGCACCCGCUGGAGUUUCUGGGUCAGUCUCAAGGGCAGCCCCACGUAGAGCGAGUUACAAUAAUCCAGUCUGGAGGUGACCGUCGCGUGGAUCACAGUGGCUAGGUCAGGGCGAGAGAGGUAAGGAGCCAACUGCUUAGCUUGGCGGAGAUGGAAAAAUGCCGCCUUUGUUGUAGCUGCAAUCUGCGCCUCCAUGGAAAGGAAGGUGUCGAAGAUUACACCCAAACUCUUAACGGACGGUGCUGGCACUCAUUGCGCGCCCGCAAGAGAUGGGAGUUGCCCCCCCAAUCCCAUAUUGUCCCAUCCCAGCCACAGGACCUCUGUCUUCGAAGGAUUUAGCUUCAACCGGCUCCCACGUAACCAUCCAGCCACAGCUUCCAAACAUCUGGUCAGUGUGUCUGGGGCCGAGUCAGGAUGGCCAUCCAUCAACAGAUAGAGUUGGGUGUCAUCAGCAUACUGAUGGCAACCCAGCUCAAAACUCCGGACAAGCUGGGCGAGGGCGCAUAAAAAUGUUAAAAAGCACCAGGGAGAGUAUCGCACCCUGAGGUACUCCACACACCAAGGAGUGGGGCGAUGACAAUUCCCCCCCAAGCGCCACCCUCUGUCCCCGACCAGAGAGAAACGAGCGCAGCCAUUGAAGGACUGUGCCCUGGAUCCCCACGUCGGCAAGGCAGUGGUCCAGAAGUUUGUGAUCGACCAUGUCGAAAGCUGCUGACAGAUCUAGAAGAAUCAGCAGCCCCGACCCAUCUCGAUCCAGCUGUCUACGAAGAUCAUCUGUUAGGGCAACCAGAGCCGUCUCGGUCCCAUGACCAGCGCGGAAGCCGGACUGGAAUGGAUCCAGAGCCUUCUUCCAAAACAAAAGAAGAUUAUCAACAAAACAUAAACAAUACAGUUUGUUUUGCCCCUCCUCCUUGACAAACACACAUGGAUCAGCUUUGCCUUGGUGAAAACCUAGAGAAAGCAAUGUCUCGGUGAGUGUUGUGUUCCAACACCUGGCAUUCUGCUUGAGACCAUAUAGGGAUUUCCGUAGUUUACAGACCAUUCCCUUCUGUACCUGCACUCCAUCAGGUGGAAGCAUAUACAGUUCCUCCCCAAAACCCCGUACAAAAAAGCUGUGUUCACAUUGUGAUGAGAAACGUGCAGUUUCUCUUCUGCAGCAAUCUUGAGCAUUAGCCUAAUGCUCUCAUACUUGACGGUGGGUGAGUAGGUAUCGUGGUAAUCCUGUCCUGGUACCUGUGAAAAACCUCUGGCAACCAAUCUGGCUUUGUGUCUGACAACCUUGCCAUUCUGGUCUGUCUUGGCCUUUUGCUGCCAACCAGCCUCAUUCCUGGGACUACUGGCACUAGGUUUGGUUCCUAUCCAAGGAAUCAACUUCAGCCUUCAUGGCAUUAAGCCAUGGUUCAGCAUCUUUAGAGGUUAACACCUGAACCUCUUUGAAGCUUGCAGGUUCCCACACCUUCUCUGAGCUACCAAGAACCGCAGUUGCUGUCUUAGCAAACUCAUCAGCAAAUCUGUUUGGAGGUUUGCCUUUUGUGGCCCUUUCAGAUCUGCGUACUAGACGCAAGUCUUCUGCACUCAUCUCCUCUUUCUUAGGAGAAAAGUGGCCAAUGGUGAACACAGUGGUUCUUCCAGUUCAGUGUCAGACGCAUCAGACACUGAACGCAUCAGACACUGCGCUCUUGUAGUCUGCUGUGUCAUCACUGUUGCUGACAUCAGCAGCAGCGCCGCCCACUGAGCUGGAAUCCGAACUCUGAUCAUCAUCCUCAGCUUCCUCUUCUUCCUCAGCCUCUUCAUCCUCUUGUGAGUGACUCUGGAAAAUUCCCACAUCCUCCCCCCUUAGGAUUGUACUCAACACUCUUUGUGAACCUAACGGACUGAGAGUCAGUCAUGAAUACCCUGUAUGCACCUUUUUUGUACCCCAUGAACAAACCAUGUGCCCCACGCUUCCCAAGCUUGCUGCUCUGUGGGGUGUGGACCCACAUGUCAGAACCAAAGAUUCUCAUGUGCUUAACAUAAGGUUUCUUACCAAACAUCUUCUCAUAGGGAGUACAACCAAUAGGUGAUGACAGUCUCCUGUUGUAUGAAUAAACCAAAGUAUUCAAAGACUCAGCCCAAUAUUUCUCAGGGAGAUUGGCAUCAUGCAACAAGGUUUUUAGGCCUUGCAGCAAAUUUUGGCCUGUCCUCUUGCAAAGUCCAUUCUCCCAUGGAGAUCUGGGACUUGAGAGGUCAUGCUGGAUUCCCUUCUCAGUCAGGAAAGCUUCAAACUGCUGAGAAGUGAAUUCACCCCCUCGAUCAGAAAAUAAACAGCCAAUGUGUUUAUUGUGAGCAUUCUCCAACCAAGCACAGAACGCCUUGAACCUAGGAAACGCUUCCGACUUCUGCUGGAGCAUAAACACAUGAAUGUACCUGGAAAAAAAAUCAGUUAAAACCAUGAAGUACCUUGUUCCACCCAAAGAGGGCGCAAGUGGACCAACCAGGUCUGCGUGGACUAGCUGAUAGGGUUUGGAAGCCUGUCGGCUAGACACUUUGCCUUUGGGAGCAACCUUCACUUUGUUUUCAUGAAUAAUUUUUAUUAACCGACCAAUCACAUCAAAUCAAACCAAAUUACAUAAAUUCCAAAUUACACAGCCGAAUUUUAAAUUUUUGUUGGGGGUACCCAUAUUUCAAGUUCGAAGGGAUCCAAUCAACUUCUUGCUUCUUACUGCUGUUUUAAUGUCCACAAAUCUAACCUUAUGAUGUUCACAGUACUAUCCAGUUCUUUCUUAUUAUUUUUCCACAUCUCUUGUUGUUAUUUUCAUAUAUUUUUCCUUUCUCUUUGUGACCUCUGAUAGUCUCUGCAAGCUGGUUAGAACGGUUUGUAAUCCUGUGUGGAUAUUACUUUUUUUAUCCAGUAGCCAUAUCCAGACGUUUUCCAUAUAACAUCACUUCCAUACAUCAAAACAGUCUUAGCGUCAUUAAUCUUCACCAAUCUGCCUCCUUUCUCAAAACCUCUGAGAUUCACUAGGAAUGCAGUCUGAAAACAAGUCUGUUCUUCCUUCCGGCUAUAAAUCCUUUGGCAAGAUGGCGACUCCGAAUUAAUUGCUGCGCCAUUCCCAAAAGCUCUUAUUGCUUCUCGUUCUCCAUAAAGCAUACUUUUGGUUAAAGUUUAUCUCCACACAGACCUUAAUCAUCCUGCUUGGGUCAGUUCAACCGACGGUUCUAAUGAGGAGGGGUUCUUGUAAAUCACAUAGAAGGAAAGUAAAAAAGGUCCCCCCCCCCCCCCAUUCAGCCCCGUUGUCAACAUACCCCGCCUUUGGUGUAUCUUCAUCGUAAAAUAUUCCUGUUUCUCCAGCCCAUCGUCUUCUUUCGCAGAGGUCACUUAAAUUAGCAGACUUCACUCCCCUUCUUCACUUGAAAUAUGUGCAUUUGCUUCUUUUGUAAUUAAUUAUUCCAAAUUGCUGCAACUAGUGCGCGAUCAGAGACAGCGUCCAGGAGAGCCGAGGUCCACAUGGGGGCAUUCUGCCUAGGGCCCUCACCCCCUUCUUUCAAAUUAGGGGGUGAUUUAUGGGCACAGCAGGCAAGGGCAGUGUUCCCCAUUUCCUUGGGGCAACAAGGGAGGCUGCCUACUCCCAUAACAGCCUCUUAAUUACCCUGUGUGGGUCGGAGAGAUGGUAUUGUCGGCCAUCUUCCAAUGCGCCCCUAGUGGCCCCCCACCUUCACUUUGUUUUCUACACAAGAGACACAUUUCAUGUGAAACUUACAGGGCUUUAUGGUCAAACCCUGAACCAUCCCAGGCAUCUUGGCCAGCACCUGCCAUGCCAUGUGAGAACAAAUCUUCUGUGCUGUUCGUGAAUACAACCUGAAUGAAGAACUUUGUUAGUUUGUGCAACACAACAAGAUUCAACAUUAGACACAUCAACAGCUUUGUCAUCAUAAGUUAUCAAGAACAAGCCAUCUACAAACUUAGCAUGCAAAACGUCCUCUUUGCCCUUCUUAAUAACGCAGAUGCCCUUCUUGAAGGUAAUCUCAAAGUCUUGCUCAGUCAGCUGUGGGAUGCUGAGCAAAUUGUCUGCAGAAUGUGGAACAAAAAGUACUUUGCUGAUGGUGGUGUGCAGACUUGCCAGUUUCACUGUCCCAACUCCUGCAAUUCUCAAAGUCUUACCAUCAGCCUGUUGGAUUCCCCAACCUGAGGCGUAAAGGAAAUAAACAGGUGUCAACUUCCACAGAUGUGCCUCGUGGCUCCAGAAUUGACAAUAAAAUGGCUUUUGGCCUUUGGAGCAGCAGUGCUAGCAAACAAAGUCUUGUUUUGCACAGGCCUGGGUUUCUCACCCCCUCCCUGCUUCCGGCCAUCUGCAAGCUUUUUCUUUUGUUUCCCUUUAGCCUUUGGACAAAGAUGCUGCAAGUGGCCUUCAUUUCCACAGUGCCAGCACUUCACAGCUGCCAACACCUUGGCUCCCCCUGGAGGCUGGAAUGCUGUCCCACACUGCUCCCCCCUGAAGCACACAAGCUGGUUCCGCUGCGUUCCUCCUAUCAUAUUCAUUUUGGAGGGUCUCCAAAUCCUUUGAAGCAGUGAGCUCCUGCGCAGGUAAAGUUGCCAGCUGGCUUGCCACAGCGUGGUAACUAUCGUCUAGGGAAUCCAGGAUAAGGAUUGCAAACAGAGACUCAGGCAUAUUAAAACCUCUCUGAGUCAAUUCCUGUCUGAGAUGCUGCAAAUGCAAAACGUGGGCUCUAAGGUCUUCCCCUGGUGACAAACAUUUCUUGUGCAGUUUUCUGAAGUAAAGCAACACAGACCCAGCCUCUUGUCGGAGAUGACAGGCCUGAAGCCCUUCCCACAUCUCACUCGAGCUGGCCUUGCCAGUCAGGGUGAUUAACUCUUCAGGGUCGACUGAGAGCAAAAUUACUCCCAUGGCUUUUGAAUACUGUGCCACCCAUGCAUCCGUCAGAGGCGCUGGGGGGUCCUCAUAAUCAGCAGAGUGAAUAACUUCUCACAACGGAAGUGGUGGACAGAGACAUGUGUAAGCAUAUCUACAGGCGUUUAUUCAGCAUAGUUCAGGAACAAAGGAAAAACAUGUCUGCUUCCCUUCAUGUCCAAGCAAAACAGCAGUACAGCAAAAGCAAUAUACAACGGAAGUUCCCAGCAGACUGUGCUGGAAGUAAACAGACAUGUGACAUACUACAACUCCACAUAUCUGUUCCUCUUAAGGCGGAAUGGAACAUCAAUAUCCUAACAUAAUGGAGCCUGUGCUGAUUCAGAAAUGAAGUAGUAUAACCAUAGAGGAUAGCCAUAGCCCCAAAACUUUUGCACCCCCUCCAGCAUUUUCUCUGAUGGAAAUAGGGACAUCUUCUUCUACAUCAGGAAGUUUCUCCCGCUGCACGCGUAGACAUCAUUUGCGCAUCAACAUGGGUCACCUUGAGCCAAUUACAACCUCUCCGCUGAACCUACCUUGCAGGAUUGUUGUAAGGAAAAAUGUGCGAGGGCAGGGAUCAUUUAUAACACUUUCCACAGAUUAAUAGAAUGAAAUAAAUUUUAGCCUAUAAGCUCCCUUGAGGGGAAAAGAUGUUGUUGUUGUUGUUGAUGAUGAUGAUAAUGGUAAAGGAAACGGAGAAUUAUCCAGAACAUACCAGCAAAUAAAUCCUGUUGAACUCAGUGGGACUUAGUUCUGAGUAAAAAUGCUUAGGAUUGCAGUCUAAUUCUAUAAUUCCAGGACAGUCCCUGGAAAAUUGGGACAUUUGGAGGGUGCAAAGAGAUUCAUGUAUAACUGCCCUGCCCAGAUACCACCAUGAGCGCAAAAUGUCAUGAAUGCACAAUAGAAAGGAUGCGUGGAGGGGGCCCAUGUGUUCUGCUGAGAAGCAAAGAAAAAUGGGCUCUUAGGCAGUCUCCUGAGACUGGUCAACUGGAUAAGACCCCCAAGUCCCACCCCAAGCCUUGGGCCCAACAACUUAAGAACCCCUCAGUUGCCCCAGGGCAGGUUGUAUGCAGAAGGAAAGUUGGCAGUUCACCAUCCUUCCCUGCUUGCCUCCUCAGGGCUUCCUGUGUUUAUUGUUGGUGUGACCCUGACCACGUCGUUCAACAAGUACGUGGCAGAGAACCACUACUGGCUGAACGCGCAGACGGAUAUCAUCUGGGCUUUUGUGGGGCAUGUCCUCUUCGUCCUGACAGUAAGUGUGUCAGGAAAGGGGGGGCCUCCUCCUUUCAUUGACAGAGUUUGCAAUGCAAAAGGUUCUUGCUACCAUGUGUGGCAGGAUUGGGUGCAUGUGAACAAAUGUUGGGAUUCAGUGGUUUUCAAACUCAGCACCUUCACAAGACAAAGAAGAACUCUGCAGACCACAGGGUGCGUUUACUUUCCAUUUGUGUGGGAGAUAACUCUGAUUUACACAACAAUAUACUGGGGUGGGUGUUUCCGUGUUCCCUGAGAGGAGGAUUCUGGGAAAUCUCCCCCCUCCACAACUGCCACCUCUUAAAGCCGCUGACUGCUGUUCCAGGUCCAGUCCCUGACCCUCUCGCCUCUCUCCUUUGUGCUUUUCCGAGUAGUGAUUUUGCUGAUUAAUCCUGCCGUCCAGUCAGCGCUCCCUGCGUAGCUCUGCUGGGACUGACCUGGGCAGAAUAUACAGAGUCGCAGCGUUCCUGCCGUCCAUGUGAGAUAGAGGGAUAAAUCAGUCCAGAGACAAUUUUUUGCUAUCUCUAAAAGCGUUUAUUUACAAGCCAUAAAUCCAUCGGAACUCUCCGGCAUUUCUCCAGUGCUUAGAGCACACACAGCCUCUCUGUAGUGUCUCUCAGUCUAAAGUGAAAGUAACUCUCACAGACAAAGACGGACAAAGCCUGUGACGUAUGGCCCUGCGUCAGGCCCCUCCCCAGAUACAGGACACCAAGGAGUUUUAACCCUAUAAACUCCAAACUCCACACCCCCUCUUGUCCUGCAUCUGGGGGAAAUAAGCAACAAUGCUCACCCCAAACACAGACCUUCCCUAAACUCUCCAUGCUUCUGGAAGGUUAGCGGUUUUAACCCUAUAAACUCCAAACUCCACAGUGAUGGUGACAGUCUCCAGUGCACGGCAACGGUCAAGGAUGCUGACCCCCAACAGCAGCUUGGAAAAACAGAUUGGCAUCCAGAUCCGGUGAAUCCCGGGAGGCCCCUGGGGCUGCCCCCUGCCCCCUCCAGAGAAGGGCACCAGAGAAGCAAAAGGACAUAUAUCUGAAUGCCAUUUGCUAGGGAGAAGAAGUGUGAGAGCCAGUGGUGAUGUAGUGCUUGGAGGGUCAGACUAGGACCGGGGAGGCCAGGGUUCGAAUCCACACUUGGCCAAGAAGCUCACUGGGUGUCCUUGGAAGCCAGUCACUGCCUCUCAGCCUAGCCUACCUCGCAGGGUUGUGAGUGUUGAUUUAAAGCAGAGUCUGUCGUGCCCAGCGGAAGGAUGAGGAAUACGUGCUGCAUACUCUAUAUUGCUUUAUUUACAGUUCAAAGCUGGUAUAUUACAGAAAGACAUCUUGCCUCUGCCGGAGCAGAAAAUGCAUCCUCUCUCCUCGACAGCUCGGAGAGAAUCACACAGUGAAAAACAGGAAACCAGUGUACGUCACAUCCAGUCUCCCUUUCCCGUGAGAAACUCCAACAGUACAGACUGUGGAAUGUAAACACCUGUCUCGUGACAAGCAGAGCUGCACAGUGAAGGAAAGCAGAAACCAACAUCCUCCCCUUUCUGUGAACAUCACUGGGCAGCGUGUUUGUACAAUAUCAGUACAAACCCAACUUCUGCACAUAGGUACAGUGUUGAUCCCUCGAUACAAUCUUGGACAAUACAUCAGCAGGAAUUUCAUUACCUGGCAUAUAGGACACCGUUACGAGUCCCUUCUGAAUACAUUCCCUAGCAUGCUGCAACUUUAAUUGCAAGUGCUUUGUGCUUUGCUUACAACCUUCAGACUUCAGCAAAGCCAAACAUGCUUUGUUGUCCUGGUAAACCUGGAUUGGACAUUUGACAGGAAUUUUCAUAUCUUUGCACAAUUGUACUAACCAUUCACAAUCCUUAAGUGAAUAAGACAGUGCAUUCAGUUCGGCUUCACAAGUACUUAAGCUAACUGUUGUUUGCUUCUUGCAUGACCAAUCAAACAGACUCUGAUUGUACAUAUAGCAAACUCCAGACGUACUUUUCCUGUCUGUAGUGUCACUUCCAAAACUUGCAUCUGCAAAUAUCUCAAGACCACCAGACUUCUGAUUGUUAAAUCUCAGUCUGUAAUGCAUAGUGCCUUUCAAAUACCGCGCUAUGCGUUUCAGAGCUUUCCAAUCCUUGACACUAGGAUUGUUGACUUGUCUGCUUAGCAAAUUACAGCUAACAGCAAUGUCUGGUCUUGAACAUCUGGCAAUGAAGUUUAGCUUGCCUAGCACACUCCUGUACAGUGUAGUGUCAGAAAAUGCUUCUUCAGUGUCAUCUACCUGAUAACCUGUUGUCAUCGGUGUGUCUACAGGGUUAGCAUCCAUCAGAUUUAGUUUGCUUAACACAUCAGCAAUUUUCCGUGACUGGUGUACUAGAAUGUUACCAUCUUGAUCUCUCUCUAUUUCCAGAGAUAGGUAGUUGUUUACCUCACCAAGAUCUUUCAUGUCAAAGUGCUCUUUCAGUUGAGCUAGGGCGCUAUUGUACAUUGCAACAUCUUUCCAAAAGAAUAAUAAAUCAUCAACAUAAAACAAACAGUACAGUUUCUUUUGCCCCUCCUCUUUGACAAAUACACAUGGAUCAGCUUUCCCUUGCUGAAAACCUAGAGAAAACAAUACUUCAGUGAGUUUUGUGUGCCAACACCGUGCACUUUGUUUGAGACCAUAAAGGGAUUUCUUCAGAGCACAAACAAAUCCCUGUUUUACCUGUACGCCAUCAGGUGGAAGCAUAUAAAGUGAUUCAUCUAGAGAUCCGUACAGAAAAGCUGUAUUAAUAUCAUGGUGACUAAUGUGUAGAUUUUCCUCUGCAGCUAGCUUAAGCAUAAGCCUAAUGCUUUCAUAUCUCACUGUGGGUGAAUAGGUCUCGUGAUAGUCUUCACCUGGUACCUGUGCAAAACCUCUGGCUACCAAUCUGGCUUUGUGUCUGACUAUCUUGCCAUUUUGAUCUGUCUUCGCUUUGAAGACCCAUUUGCUUCCAAGCAGUUUCAUUCCUGGAACUACUGGAACUAGCUCCCAUGUUUUGUUCCUUUCUAAGGAAUCAAGCUCAGCCUUCAUGGCAUUUAACCAUGGCUCAGCUUCCUUUGAAUCCAAACCCUGGAUUUCUUGGAAACUUGAAGGUUCAAAUACCUUCUUGGAGCUUUUAACAGCUGUUACUGCUAUCGUAGCAAACUCAUCAGCAAAUCUCUUUGGAGGUUUGCCUUUGUGGCUCUCUGUGACCUACGAAUUAUCCUUAAGUCUUCAACACUCUCCUCUUCCUUCUUAGGAGAAAAACGACCUAUUGUGAACAAUGGUUCCUCCAAUUCUUGAUCAGAGCUUUCAGAGGGUCGCAUAGAGGCUUUCGCACUCUUGAAAUCCUCUGAAUCACCCGAUUCAGUUUCAGAUUCAGACUCAGAACCUUCAUCAGUGGGUGUGGGUUGUUGUGGUUGCUUUUGACUAUCCUCAGUCUCAUCACCGUCAUCAGGAUAACAUUGGAAAAUUCCCACAUUCUCCCCCACUUUGCAUUGUACUCAACACUUCUCGUGAGCUUAAUUGUCUUAGAGUCAGUCAUCAUUAUUCUGUAAGACCCUUUCUGAUAACCUAGAAAGAUACCAUGCAAUCCACGCUUGUCUAACUUGGAGUUUUGUGGUGAGCGAACCCACAUGUCAGAACCAAAAAUCUUCAUGUGUUUGAUGUAUGGCUUCUUGCCAAACAUCUUCUCAUAGGGUACAACCAAUCGCUGAAGAUAACCUGCGAUUGUAACUGUAAACAAAACACGAGAGAGAUUCGGCCCAAUAACUCUCUGGAAGAUUGGCAUCAUGCAGCAAGGUUUUUAACCCUUGAAGCAAUGUCUGAUUUGCCCGUUCCGCAAGUCCAUUCUGCCAUGGCGAGCGAGGACUAGACAAAUCGUGUUGAAUUCCUUUCUCAGUCAGAAAAGCUUCAAACUGCUGAGAAGUGAAUUCCCCCGCGAUCACUGAAAAGAGUCUUUAUCUUCUUACCAUGCACAUUUUCCAACCAAGCACAGAAUUCCUUGAACCUAGGAAAAGCCUCCGAUUUCUGCUUGAGAUUGUACACAAAAAUAUAUCUAGAAAAUGCAUCAAUGAGAACCAUGAAGUAUCUAUUUCCACCCAAAGAGGGCGCUAGUGGUCCAACCAAAUCAGCAUGAACAACCUGGUAUGGUUCUGUAGCUUUCCUACUAGACACCUUACCUUUCGCAGCCAUUUUCACCUUGUUUGCUGCGCAUGCUUUGCACUUCAUGUGGUACCUGCAGGGUUUAAUAGUCAUACCUUCAACCAAGGCAGGCAUUUUAGAUACUGCCUCAAAAUGCAAAUGACCAAAUUUUCUAUGAAAAUCGUGAAUACAUUCUGCAUGCAAACUUUUGUUAGAACCUGCAAUGCAACAAGUGUCAUCCUGCACCACAUCAUCAUAAUACAAAACAAACAAACGAUCAACAUAUUCUGCAUGCAAUACAUAAUCAUUUUUCUUUGUGAUGAUGCACUUCUUGUUCUUGAAGGAAACGUCAAUGUUCCGCUCAUUCAGCUGUCCAACGCUGAGCAGAUUAUGUUUGGCGUCUGGCACGUAAAGCACAUUCUGUAUCGAUAAGUCCAAACUGUGAAGAACAACAGUUCCAUAGCCUUUACUGGGAAUAGUGUGGUCAUCCGCCUGGUGAAUCGCACCUUCCUGCGGUGUAAAAGACACAAACAGUCUCUUAUCGUUGCACAUGUGGUGGGUGGCCGCUGAAUCAACAACGAAGAAAGAUCUAGACGUCUUCUGGACCUCUGCAACCUUUGGAGUGAAGCGUGAAACCAUAGCCUUGUGCUGCGUUGUCCUUGACACCGGACCUUUACCUUUGCCUCGGCCUUUUCCGCACGAUGAGCUCGCUGCGCUGCUCUGUCUUGGCCCUGGGAUGUCUGCAUUCCCUCUUCAUAUGGCCUAGACGUCCACACGAGUAGCAUUUCACUGCCUUCAAAGCUUUGGCGCCAUCUUGUGGUUCCACUGCACUAUGGGAUGACGUCUGUGAAGACUCCCCCUGCCCAUGCAGCUAGCACCCCGGCGAUCUGCUUCAUUUAAAAUCACGGCAGUAACAAAGUCCACUGUCAGCUGAGCAGUUGGUUGCACAGCAAUCUGGGUUGCAACAGACUCCCAACCUGAACCCAAAGAUUGUAGUAUCAUGAAAGAAUACACAGCCUCUGGAAAGUUGAGUCCUCUCUGUUGCAGCUCAUGUCUCAGAUUUUGCAUCUCCAUCAGAUGUAAACGCACAUCUCCACCUUCAGCAAGAGCCAUAUUAUGCAGCUUGUUAAAGUAAAACAUAGUGGAUCCAGCUUCUGUCCUUAAGUGAGCCUCUCUCAGAGCGUCCCAAAUUUCUCUGGCUGAGGUCUUAUCACGCAAUAGACAGAGCUCUUCUGGGGAUACUAUCAAUGUAAGAGUUCCCCUUGCUUUGGAAUCCUUAGCUUCCCAUGCAUCUGUAACUGGAACUGGGGGUUCCUGUAAUCACCUCAAACAAACCCUCUUUCCGCAGAAUUGCCUCUGCAUACUGAACCCAGUCGCUGUAAUUUUUCUUGUUGAGCUUAGGAAUCCCACAAGCAUCCUGAAGGGCCAUCAUGACUCUGGCAUUAGCCUUCAGCGUCAUAUAUAUGCUGCUUUAAAUCUUGCUGCGUCACUGCUGCAGCUGCUUUAUUACAAAGGCACACUUAAAAGUUACUUUCGAUUUCCCCAGCAUAGUAACUUGUGCCUGGGAGCCUUUUGCCUAUUCCCGGCAAAACCGGCUUUAAAAGUUCAAAGUUCAGCCAUAAAGCCAUUAACCUGAAGCUGGCAGGCUGCCCGGAGCAGUAGCACAUACCUCAUCAAUCACUUCUACGCGCAGAGCAGAUUCCGUUCCGAUCUGUCCCUCUGCAUUCCGAUCCUUUUGCCGGCACUCCGAUUCGACUUCUGGAGUCCAUAACCACGUGUUGAUUUAAAGCAGAGUCUGUCGUGCCCAGCGGAAGGAUGAGGAAUACGUGCUGCAUACUCUAUAUUGCUUUAUUUACAGUUCAAAGCUGGUAUAUUACAGAAAGACAUCUUGCCUCUGCCGGAGCAGAAAAUGCAUCCUCUCUCCUCGACAGCACGGAGAGAAUCACAGAGUGAAAAACAGGAAACCAGUGUACGUCACAUCCAGUCUCCCUUUCCCGUGCGAAACUCCAACAGUACAGACUGUGGAAUGUAAACACCUGUCUCGUGACAAGCAGAGCUGCACAGUGAAGGAAAGCAGAAACCAACAGUGAGGAGGGGAGAAUCAUGUACACAACCUCGAGCAACUUCAAGGAAAAGGUGGGCUAUAAAUACUUUAAACAAUAAAAUAGAAUCAGAGGCCACAUUCCCACCAUAGAUUUAAAGUGUUGCAAUACCACUUUGAACAGUCAUGCCGUCCCCAAAGAGCUGUGGGAGCUGUAGUUUACUUAGGGUGCCAAGAAUUGCCAGGAAACACCCUGUUUCUCUCACAGAGCUAUAGUUCCCAGAGUUCCCUGAGAAAGAGGAAUUGAUUGUCUUUUUUAAAGUUUUUUUUUUUUAAAUAAGAUUUGCACAUGGGACGAUUGAAACAUCAUACUCACACACAUCAUAAAAACAGUAAUAACGUCAAGAGGAAUAAAAAUACAAGAUAAUACAGCUUUAAAAGGAUGAAUGAUGUAAAAUAUAUUCCAUAGUUGAUAUUUAUUCAAAAUAUAUCAAGCAUUCAUAAACCUCGACAGAUGAAAUAAUAUUUAGUAGGAAUGUGCCAGCCAUGAGAUCGUUUGGUCAUAUAUAUUUAUAUGGGAGGGAUUGAUUGUUAAACUGCUCUGGAAAUUGCAGCUCUGGAUGGGGAAUAAGUGCCUCCUAAAUAACUCCCUUAGCAAACUACUGCUACUGCUGCUUGAAUUUGUACACUGCCCUUCACCUGAAGGUCACAGGGUGGUUCACAACAUCAACUGCACCUCCCAGGAUUCUCUGGGGAAGCCACAAUGGUUUAAACUGGUAUCCUAGUGAGGCAUCUGAUCAAGGCCUGUAUUUUAAAAUGAGCUUAAAAAUAUAUUUGCAAAUGUUUGUAUGUUUCAUGCCAGGCAGAAACCAGCUGGCUAGGUACUCUGGCAGCUGUUUAUCUUCCUGCUCUGCUGGACAAGGGCCCCCCUGAUUUAUAGCAGGAGACAAGUUUCUCAAAGUUGUAAAAGGGAAUUACAGGCUGGGAGCAAAGGUUAUACUGACCCUACAUAUUACAGAAUACAAUCAAGCUGCAAAAACACUAAUUAAGAGUUGGUAAAUAGUAAGAUUUAUUGUUUAACAGAAAAUAAUACUAUGUGCCUCCCAUCAGACUCUAGUCAUAUUUUCCUAAGGUUAAAGGGCAAGAGCUAAUGGGAAAAGCAGCUGGCUGGGAAAGCAGGGUGUAAACUGAAGAGGUUUCUUUUGAAGCUGUUUUCUACUGAGUUCCUUUUUUUGCUUUGAAAAGGCCUUUUCUUCUAAAAAGCUAUCUAUGUUAUGUAUGAGGUUUUGUUGGCUUAAAUGUAAUUAUGCAAAGGAUUUAGAAAGUAAGAAAUGUUAGAUUCUUAUUUCAUUGAUGGUGUGUGAGAAUGUGAACCCAAGAUCUCUGUUUAGACAGAAUUUAAUACCAUGAGCCAUCUGUUUUAGCCAUUUGUUUUGGAAUAAAGGGGCAACAGGGGCCAAAGGUGAUCUGGUAAUUAAGGUGCCUUGUCGAGGCAAAUGUAAGAUAUAUGGCUACUUGUCUGCCAUUUAUGGAUAGAAGGAAAUAUAGCUCUUUGUCUCCCAUAAAAGGUAAUAGGAAAUGGGUGUAUCUUUUAUGAUUGGUUCUAGCAAACAGCCGAUAGGAAUUUCAACCAGGCUGAUUGGACAGAGGCAGCCAAAGGAGGAGCAAGGGGGCUGGGCUGAGGAAAUAUAAGUGCUGGCCAUCAGGGCUGGAGUGAGCAGAGCUUUGGUAACCAUAUACCACUGUGCCUAUCAUUUAUUUGUCUGACAAAUAAAUUAUUAUUUUAAUUUCUCUAUUGCUGCGUUGAAUAUUUCAUUCCAGCUAAGCGUUAACCACAAGCAGGGUGCUACACUAGUGCUUUAGUGUGAACAUGGCCAUAGAAGUCAAUUGUAGAAUUGUAGAGUUGGAAGGGAUCCUGAGGAUCAUCCAUUCCAACCCCUGCAAGGCAGGAAUGUGCAAUAGCAGCUGGGAUUAGUAGAGAGGAGGACAAGGAGAUGAAGCCAGAGUGAAUGACAGGCAGGGUCACCCCCUGGCCAGUUAUAAGUAAGAAGACAGGCUGAGGUUGGUGGGGCCCCAUUUGCCCCAAUAGACCAGCUUGCACAGCUUGAAGCCAUUGGUUUGAGUCCUACCCUUUGGAGCUGGAGAAAACAAGCUUGCUCCCUCUUCCACCCGACAGCCCUUAAGAUAUUUGAAGAUGGCUAUCAUAUCUCCAUCAAUAUGCCAGCAAGUUUGGAAAACUCAGCAGUGGCCAGAGGAUUGGAGAAGAUCAGUCUGCAUCCCAAUCCCAAAGAAGGGCAGUGCCAAAGAAUGCUCCAAAUACUGCACAAUUGCACUCAUUUCACACGCUAGCAAGGUUAUGCUUAAAAUUCUACAAAGAAGGCUCAAGCAGUAUGUGGACCAAGAACUCCCAGAAGUGCAAGCUGGAUUUCGAAGGGGCAGAGGAACCAGAGACCAAAUUGCAAACAUGCGCUGGAUUAUGGAGAAAGCUAGAGAGUUCCAGGAAAACAUCUACUUCUGCUUCAUUAACUAUGCAAAAGCCUUUGACUGUGUGAGGAAAACCUGAGCUUACAGGGUUAAACAGCUCAGAGUGUACGCUCUGCCUACAAGUGGGAGGGGGGAACUCCUACGUCAGUUCCGAGAGACUCAAGUCUUUGUUCUGUCUCUCUACUUUCGCUUUGGGGAGAGAGGACGUGUUUUCGCGAUGCUGUUCGCUGUGAUAGAUAAUGGAUAGCCUGCUGUAAAUAAAACUGCUUUUAGCUGCUAAGAUCCAGUGUGGACUUUAUUUAAGCACACUGAAGAAGGCACUGGAGUUUUGUUUUGGUUUCCUCUUACCGCUGACGAACUCUGCUAUGCUCAGAUGAGUCAGACCAUUGGAAUGCAGAGGCCCGUGAUGGGGGAAGCGUGCCGGACCAGGCUUAUCUGAGCAAUAAAUCAAGAUAUCUCAGAGGUUAUGGGGGCAGUAAUUGCAAUUAGAGGAAGCCUGCUUUGAUGUGCUGUGUGCUUAAAGAAGGCUGAAAACUGAGAAGCUGUUGUUUUGCUGCCGGAAUGCAAAAGUCCUGCUUUGAGGCUUCGCCUGGGAGAAAGCUGCAAAGCUAGAUGCAAGCUGUGUGCUGCAAGGAGCCACUGGAGGCCUCUCCUUUGAAGCUGGCUGGUACGCGUGAGUACUUCAAAGCCCCGAUGGGAGCACUGUGGGAGGAGAUGGCUGAGCUCCAGGACUUUUAUGAUGUCCCGUUUGAAAAGCUCACAACCCAGUCCUGGGAUAUCUGGGUUAGAAGAGUCAGGGGGUGGUUUUUGGCCACAGGGUUCUGGGAUAUAACCCAGAAGGAGCCUGCCCCACCCAUGCCAGUUGCUGCUGAAGAGGGAGGAGCAGAACUGGAGGCUGCACUCCUGGAAGAUAGAGAGCUGAGAAUGCAAAGGGAGCUCUGCAUGUUGAGAGCAAGCGUGGACGCUAUGCUGUUGCCCCACCUGGAGGGCAUUGAGUCGGCUCAGGCCGCCUGGCAGGUGCUGAGGAGUCUGUGUGAUAGCUCAGCAGGAGCCCAGGGCCGGGAGGAAGCCGAGAGCAGGCAGGAAGCUGAGAGCCCAGAGGGGGCUGCUGGCCAUGUUCCUAAAAUUACAGCUGGGAGUAGCUGCUUUGUCUCCGAGGGGCCGUGUGAUGUUGAGGCCUACAACCAGAGUGCUGAGGAGCGUGCAGGCCCAGGCUGUGCACCCAAAGGUGGGGGUGCAGGGAACAAAGGAAUGGCUGAAGAGGGAGCUGUGAGAGCUGUUGCUACGCGUCGCCGCUGUUAUCGCUGUGGCUCCCCCUCCCAUCUGGUGAGAGAAUGUCCAGUGGAGGAACAGCCCAAGGCCGUCUCCCGUAGCAACCAGAUAAAGAGCUCUUCUUCAAAGCGUGGGAAAGGCAAGCCGAAGGCAGCUGGCAGAGACACUGAACGUAAACAUUUGGCUGCCUCUAUGGCUGUAGUUAAGAGGUGUCAACAGGAUGCUGAGCUGGCUUUUGUGGUCGACAGUGGAUCAUCGCAUCAUCUCGUGCCAUCUGGUGGAUUCCUGGAGAACUGCACCUCUGUAAAAACUGGGAAGACUGUCUGUUUAGCAGAUGGGACUCGACACCCACUCACGCAGAGUGGCUCACUGUUUUGUUCUUUCUUGCAGGACUCAAUCCAGGCUUUUGUUGUUCCAGGACUGUCCUGCGCGUUGCUGUCUGUCAGUGCACUUCUUGCUGAGAACUACAGAGUGUGUUUUGAGAACAAUAAGUGUUCUGUUUCCAAGAAUGGACAGCACCUAGUCAGUGUUGAAUGUAAAGACAGGUUGUUUGUGAUAAAUGCUUCUUUUGCAGGUCCAGAUGACACGGAUGACACGGAGGAGGCUCAAGCGCAGUGUGCCAAUGUUCCAGUUCAUGAUGCGUGUCAACAUCUCUGGCACAGACGUAUGGCACACGUGUCGUGGGGGUCGGUGAGAAGGAUCCCAGAGUAUACGCAAGGGUGCAAAAUGAAAUCAUGUGCUAAGUUUCUAGAUUGCAGAGCGUGCAAGUCCGCAAAGGUGAAAACGUGCACAUACCCUAGGUCUGAGAGGGUGACCACUAGGGCUUUUCAAUUAAUUCAUGCAGAUUUGUGUGGUCCGUUUUCUGUGAGCAGUUUGGGCGGAGCCAAAUAUUCGCUGGUUCUGAUUGAUGACCAUACUAGGAAUUCUUGGAGUUUUUUGCUUCGGCGCAAAGAUGAAGCUGCGCCGCUAAUCAAAGACUGGAUUGCGGCUGUGGAACUGCAGUUUUCCACACGGGUGCAAAACUUUCAGAGCGAUCGCGGUGGGGAGUUCACCGGGUCUGCACUGCAAAGUUUCUUCCGCAAAAGGGGGAUUCAACACAGGUUGACUUCUCCACACAGUCCCCAACAGAAUGGGAUCGCGGAACGCAGGAAUAGGACUCUAGGGGAGAUGUCCGCAGCUCUUUUGUUUGAUGCCGGGCUCCCACAGCGCUUUUGGGGGGAGGCUUGGCGAACGGCCAACUUUGUUCUGAACAGGUCGUUCAAUUCAGUGGUAGGUGACACACCGUACUUCUUGCUCCAUGGCAAGAAACCGAAAGUGCACUACUUCCGCGUUUUUGGCUGUGAGGCUUGGGUCCUCAUACCAAAGGCCAAACGCAAGAAAGGUGAACCCAGGUCCCAAAAGAUGAUUUUUUGUGGGUAUGAGCCAGGGACCAAGGGGUGGAGGUUUGCUUAUCCGUCAGGGAAUCAGUCCAGGAUUCUGCUCAGCAACAGUGCUGAAUUCUGUGAGCAGAGUGGCUGGGCAAGGAUACAUGGGAACCCUGACAUCCUGUCAGAGAGUCUGCUAGACUCUGCUGAUGAAGGAGAGGAAGAGGUUGAACCUGCGACUGAGGCUCAGAGUCCAGACCCAGUGCAGGCAGAGGGGAGAACUUCUCCCAAGGCUGUGAAGAUUGAGCAACGCAGUGCUCCAUCUUCCCCCACAGGUUCGGCUGAGAAGUCCAGAAGGCGCAGUAAGUCAGAGGGGAGCUCUCUGAUGCCAAGGACGUUCUGGCUGGCCCUAGUGGGUCAGAGGGGUUCCUGAAGUAGUGCUGCGCCGUUCAACGCGGACGACCAAGGGAAACCUCCUGAAAGGUUUGCCGUCACUAGUGUGUGGGUCGGAAUGGCACAGUGUGAACCCGAGAGUUUUGAGGAUGUUCAGAAACUGCCUCAGGAAGAAGCCAGGAAAUGGCAUGAGGCGAUGCAGAAGGAGAUGAACUCAAUGGAGUCUCUAGGUGUGUUCUCCCUCACGAAGUUGCCGGUGGGUGAAAAGGCAGUGGGUAGCCGCUGGGUUUACCGUCUUAAGCCCACAGCGGCAGGAGAACCGCAGUAUAAGGCCAGAUUAGUGGCGAGAGGAUUCACGCAGCAGAGGGGUUGCAUUAUACGGAGAUUUAUGCGCCCACGUGCAGGAGGGAGUCUCUACGCCUGGUCUUGGCCAUCGCUGCACAAAGAGGUUUGCUGGUGCAUCACUUUGAUGUGGAUGUUGCUUACUUGAACUCAGACCUCCAGGAGGAUCUGUACAUGCUUCCUCCUCCUGGGUUUGAGGGCAAUGAGCGAGGUACUGUGUGGAAACUUCACAAGUCAAUUUACGGCCUGAAGCAGUCGGCCAGGAAUUGGAACUUGUGCCUGAAUGAAGCUUUGGAGAAGCUAGGUUUCAGGAAGAGUCUUGCUGACAGUUGCCUGUUCCUUAGAGGAUCAGGAGACUCACAGGAACUGGUGUUGUUUUACGUUGAUGACAUCAUCCAUGUUGGAAAGGCAGACAAACAGGUGCAGAAGUUUGCCAAAGAGCUUGGGAAGCGGUUUCAGCUCAAGGACCUGGGUGCAGUAAAGAUCUACCUAGGUGUCCAGAUAGCGAGAACUGAGGAUGGUAGCUUCUUGCUCAGUCAGAAAGGCAAGAUUGAGCAGUUGCUGGAGAAGUUCAGAAUGUCCGAUUGUGCAGGAGUUCGGACACCCAUGGAGACGAACUUCGUGAAAGAUAGCCAGCAAGCAGAAAGUGCUGAGUUUGAGAAUGCUGAGCUCUUUCAGUCAGCCCUAGGUAGUCUGUUGUAUCUGUCCCAAUGGAGCAGACCAGACAUUGCCUUUGCUACCAACCUGCUAAGUAGGGAAGCGUCAAAGCCCAGUGUGAGUGCUUGGCACGGUAUCAAGCGGGUACUGCGCUACCUGCAGCAUACCAAAGACUUCUGUCUUAAGCUGCCAGCUGAAGGUGAGGCGAAGCUCACAUGCUAUGCGGACAGUGACUGGGCGAAUUCGCAGGACCGCAAGUCUGUGUCUGGGUUGGUGAUUAAGUUUGGGAAGUCACUGGUUGGGUGGAAGUCCCGGAAGCAAAGUCUCAUUGCGCUGUCUUCUACUGAGGCUGAAUUCAGUGCACUGUCAGAUUUGUGCCGGGAACUAGAGUUCUAUAGAUGCUUGGUGCAAGAGAUCUAUGGGGAUUGUAGCUUGCCCAUCACGGUUUGGGAAGACAAUCAGCCUUGUUUGAAGUUGGCUGAAUCUGCGCAAUUUAAGGCGAGAACCAAGCAUCUGGACAUACGUUUCCAAAAUGUGUGUCAGAGUGUUCAGUCAGGUUUGAUACGACUGAAGUACUGUGCCAGUCACAGUAACCUGGCCGAUGGAUUUACCAAACCUUUAAGCUUCCAGCGUCAUGGGGAGUUUUGUGGUGGUUUGGAGUUGGGGGUAAGUUCUGUACUUACUGUCCCCACAGUAGCGCAGAGCGAGAGGGGGUGUGAGGAGAACCUGAGCUUACAGGGUUAAACAGCUCAGAGUGUACGCUCUGCCUACAAGUGGGAGGGGGGAACUCCUACGUCAGUUCCGAGAGACUCAAGUCUUUGUUCUGUCUCUCUACUUUCGCUUUUGAGGAGAGAGGACGUGUUUUCGCGAUGCUGUUCGCUGUGAUAGAUAAUGGAUAGCCUGCUGUAAAUAAAACUGCUUUUAGCUGCUAAGAUCCAGUGUGGACUUUAUUUAAGCACACUGAAGAAGGCACUGGAGUUUUGUUUUGGUUUCCUCUUACCGCUGACGAACUCUGCUAUGCUCAGAUGUCGGACCAUUGGAAUGCAGAGGCCCGUGAUGGGGGAAGCGUGCCGGACCAGGCUUAUCUGAGCAAUAAAUCAAGAUAUCUCAGAGACUGUGUCAACCACAGCAAUCUAUGGCAAGUUCUUAAAGAAAUGGGAGUGCCUGAUCACCUCAUCUGUCUCCUGAGAAAUCUCUAUGUGGGACAAGAAGCUACAGUUAGAACUGGAUAUGGAACAACUAAUUGGUACAAAAUUGGGAAAGGUGUACGACAAGGCUGUAUAUUGUCUCCCUGCUUAUUUAACUUAUAUGCAGAAUUCAUCAUGUGAAAGGCUGGGCUGGUUGAAUCCCAAGCCGGAAUUAAGAUUGCCGGAAGAAAUAUCAACAACCUCAGAUAUGCAGGUGACACAACCUUGAUGGCAGAAAGUGAGAAGGAAUUAAAGAACCUUUUAAUGAGGGUGAAAGAGGAGGGCGCAAAAUAUGGUCUGAAGCUCAACAUCAAAAAAGCUAAGAUCAUGGCCACUGGUCCCAUCAACUCCUGGCAAAUAGAAGGGGAAGAAAUGGAAGCAGUGAGAGAUUUUACUUUCUUGGGCUCCAUGAUCACUGCAGAUGGUGACAGCAGUCACAAAAUUAAAAGACGCCUGCUUCUUGGGAGAAAAGCAAUGACAAACCUAGACAGCAUCUUAAAAAGCAGAGACAUCACCUUGCCAACAAAGGUCUGUAUAGUUAAAGCGAUGGCUUUCCCAGUAGUGAUGUAUGGAAGUGAGAGUUGGGCCAUAAAGAAGGCUGGUCGCCGAAGAAUGGAUGCUUUUGAAUUCUGGUGCUGGAGGAGACUCUUGAGAGUCCCAUGGACUGCAAGAAGAUCAAACCUAUCCAUUUUUAAGGAAAUCAGCCCUGAGUGCUCACUGGAAGGACAGAUCGUGAAGCUGAGGCUCCAAUACUUUGGCCACCACAUGAGAAGAGAAGACUCCCUGGAAAAGACCCUGAUGUUGGGCAAGAUGGAGGCCACAAGGAGAAGGGGACAACAGAGAAUGAGAUGGUUGGACAGUGUUCUCGAAGCUACCAGCAUGAGUUUGACCAAACUGCGGGAGGCAGUGGAAGACAGGAGUGCCUGGCGUGCUCUGGUCCAUGGGGUCACAAAGAGGCGGACACGACUAAAUGACUAAACAACAACAACAAGUCCACUGAGAGUUCUGAGAGUUGUCAAGAGACCCCUAUUCCUCUCACAAAGCUACAAUUACCAGAGUGGUUCACCCCCUCUUCCCGUUAAUUAAAACACAAGCCACUUUUUAUUAAUGGAAAUGUUUAUUUGAUAAUGAUAAUAGAAUAUUUAUUUAUUUAAAUGCUCAUAUUCCUCAAUCUCAUGCCAAAGUGCCACAAGGCUGGGAGCGAGGGAUCAGAUUCCACUUCCUCUGGAAGAGAGUUCCAAGGUUUUGGAGCCAGCACUGGGAAGGCCCUGUCAUGCCUUGUUCAGCAAGGAAACUGUGCCUCUGAAGCAGGUCUUCAUCACUGGGUUGGUUUCCAGGGGAGAAGGGUACUUCUGGUAUCCCCAGUUGUUGGAUCAGCCUGGAUUUGUGGCCAGAGUGUCAGACUGGGGCCUAGAGAGACACCUGUUCAACUCCCCCCUUGACCACAAAGUGCUCUGGGUGACUUUGGGCCAGUUGCUCUCUUUUGACCUUGUCUACCUUGCAGGGCUGUGGAAAGAAUUAAUCUUCUUCUUAUUAAAAUUUAUAUGCCAUCCUGCACCUGAAGAUCACAGGGCAGUUUACUACAUGAAAAUACAACAUGAAAACACAAAUUACAUAGCAUAAUAGCAAAACAACACCACCCCUCCCCCACUAUCACACUUAAAAGCCGUAGAUGGCUUAAUCAGCCAAAGCCCUAGUUGAAGAGGAAUGUUUUUGCCUGGCUCCAUGAAAUGGGCGAGGUACUAACUUUGUAAACCACCUUCCACAACCUUCCAUUUGCAUGUCUGCUGUUUCCCUCUCAGAUCUUGAAGAAAACACAGUCAAAACCUGUCCCACAGCUCAUAGCUCAGGUUAAUGCAUGAGCGAAUGCGACAGUGGUGAGUCUAAAGCAUUGGCUUCAGCCCUUCAACCCUGAGGGCUUCCACCUGUGGUCCAGCAUCACUGUGUUGCUGGCCAGGCCUCAUGGGCCCUGGAGCCUUUUCUCAGUGCCCCCAAGUGUUUCCUGGGUGAGUCUGUGGGGAAGUUGAUUUCUGGGAGAAUUUGGGGUGGUACAGGUUGCAGGGGGUUGGACUUGAAGAUCCAUGCGGUCCCUUCCAGCUUCACAGUUCUGUAAUUUCUGUAAGAAGCUGCCAGACCCCAGAGCCAUCUAGCUGAGCAGGAUGAUUUCUGGCAGGGGCCAUUCGUAGCUCUACCUGGAGCUGCCGAUGGGGAGUGGGAUUGAAUCUGGAACCUUCCUCACUCAAAGCCAAUGCUCUUCCACUGAGCCACAGCUCUGGGGACACGUGACAAGUGUCUAGCCCUGUCUCAGGAGACCCACGGUGGGCAAAGCUUCUUAAAGUCUGGUUGUGGGGCACAGACAUCUAUUGGCACAUCUUCUCAUCUCAGCUCUCCACAUUGCCCCUCUGUCCCCACCUCCCCACUCCCGAAUUUAUGGCUUCCCUACACACUUUCCCCUAAAGUGCCUUCAGCUUGUGCCCUGCUCCCAACCCAGAGUUCCCAUAUAACAGAUUUUGGAACAACUGCUACUAAAAAUACUUCAAAAAUGGUUUUGUGCAGAUCAGACACAUCUGGGUGGAUUUUUCCAAAAGGGGAGGCACACACACCCCUUCACCCACCCUGCCCCCAUUUAGUCCCCCUUCUCUAACCUGGGGGUCUUGUUUCUGGCUACAGAUUCCCGAGAGUAUCUUCCAGGCAGAAGCCCAAGGCGUGGACCUUUCAGUAGCCGCUGGUUACCUAGGGGUGGUGGAGACGGUCCUGACGGACGCUGAGCCGACAUCUCUGGAUGCAGCUGCUCUUCUGGGCAUCUUGCAACUGCUGAAGGAGGUCUCAGACAUGGAUGCCAACGAGCCGGAGGAACUGGCAACGCUGGAGCAGCUGGGGCAGCACUACGUGGCAAUUGCCGGGGCAAUCCUGGAGGAGCAGAACGCUGAGGAGUGGUCCAAAAUAAAGCCGGUAAAAUCAUGGCUUCCUAGAAGUAAGGGGCGGGUGGGGGGGCGGGUCUGGUGAGCCCCAAUGUUUGAGGCAGGAAAUCCAGAAAGCUAAAGCAGUCCUGAUGGUCCACCAUCCCUUUCCGUCCUUGAGAGUAUGUGGCCAGACCAGGACCCAUGGGAGACCCUAGGGCCAUGAAGCUGACAGAGGUGACCUUGGAAGGCAAUGCAGGCCUCUUAAUCCCACUGACCUCACAGGGCAGUUGUUCGGAGGUUAAACACGGAGGGGAUACCUUGAGCUCCUUGGAGGUUUUUUUGGCGGGGCGGGGGGAGGUGAGAUAGAAACACAAUAAAUAAAGAAACACUACAUGGUUGUCCGGCCUCUGCUGGAAGAUUUUCAGGAAGGUAGAAAUAUAUAAGGAAAUAAAUAUCCCUGGGUACACACCUUAAUUAAAUGAGUUGCAUCACACCUAUGCUCACAGCAGUUAGACUUCUGGCAAAAAUCUAAGUUAUCAAUCCCACUGUCUGCUGUGGCAGAAUUUUACGCAACUAAAUAUGUACUUUAUUACAUGAUUUACUACAUUAUUCCACAACAUCCAUUUCAAUGCAAAGGAAACACAAUUCGGUUUGGAAGGGCAGUUCAUAGAAUCAAAGGACUGCAGAGUUGGAAGGGAUCCUCAGGGUCAUCUAGUCCAAACCCCUGCAAUGCAGGAAUCCCAAUUGGUUCCAUAUCAUUGGCAAGCUGAACACAACAAAGGUGAAGACCAAUCAUAUUCAUUGAUUUCUGUUCCAGACAUGGGGCAAAUAAGCAAACUCUGCUUCCGUUUCCAUCAGGAUUAUCUGAUGUCUCAUAACACCUCCCUCUGUGUGACUGGCUCCAUUGUCAAACUCUCCCUACUAUCAAGAAGCUUCCCUAAUCUUUGACCAAAAUCUACCCUCCAGUAACUUAAGCAGCAGAGAGGUCAUAGAAUCAUACAGUUGAAAGGGACCCCAAGGGCCAUUUCUGUUCCAACCCCCUGCAAUGUAUUAAGCAGCCUUUGCUCUCUUCAAUGGGGCAGCCCCUCAGAGAUGCUAUUAUGUGCUGCCCCCCCAGUCUGCAGGAGGAGGGCCAGGGAAACCCUUGGGCAACGUCGGAUGAUGAUGAUGAUAAGGUUUGGGCAGCUGCUCCUGUGCUCCUCAGAUCCUUGAUGGACCCAUGACAGUUGUGGAAAACAUGGACAAGAUGGUUUCCAGCCUCCAUCAGCUCCUGAGUACAGAGAGGCCAAAGUCACCAUCUGGUGUAAGAAUGUUGGUGAGUAGCAGCAAGGCUCUGGGGUGCGAGGGGGAGGAAGAGCCUGGGGAAUUGUUAAAGCAAAUUUGA